AUGUAUCUGAGUUAUACCCCUAAUAAUCUUCCAAACUACACAUCUCCGUUGGACUAUACCUUGAAGCCACGAGAAGAACGAGAUUUCAAAGAAUUGUAUCCUGAUCUAGAUGAAAAUGAACAACUACCGGUAUUCAUAUCAAACAACGAGGAAGAAAUCAUGGAGCGUCAAGACUCCAAUAUCUCCAUGAUAACAGAACUCAAACGGCCCACAUUUAAGAAGUCGGAACGCGAACGACCUAAUCAAAAUAUCAGAUUUAAUAAACAGUUACUAGAUUACGGAUUCCAAGAACCAAACAAACCCAACACCAAGAAACCGCUUAUAAGUGACACAUACGUUCGGCCAUUUCAGAUCCCUACUAAUGCAAACGCAAAGGAUCUGUCUAUAGACAGUGUAGAGAAGUUGCUAGUUAGGAAAAACAACCUUGUGGAAUAUGAUAUGGAUGAACAAGAUUACAUGUUUCUCAAUGAUCGAAAUUCAGAUCCCAAGAAUGUCGUCAAGAUAACGCCAGAGAUAUUCGAGAUUAUGAUGACCACAUUAGAAAACGAAUGGGAUAAGUUGGAACACCAAAUGAACUCAAUAACGAGUAAUGUUGGUGGUCUCAAUGGCAGUGAUGGAUUUGAAAAGCUAUUAACCUUGGGGCAUAACAAUCACAAGUACGGAAAUGAUGAUGGUAUUGUUCCUGGGUCCAUUUAUGAUCAGAAAUGUGCCGUUUGCAACGAUAGUGACUGUGACAAUUCGAAUGCAAUUGUCUUUUGCGAUGGCUGUGAUAUCGCGGUCCAUCAAGAAUGUUAUGGUGUUGCGUUUAUACCCGAGGGACAAUGGCUCUGUCGAAAAUGUAUGAUCAACAAGAAUAGGCCAACUGAAUGUGUAUUUUGUCCCAGCACAACUGGGGCAUUUAAACAACUUGACAAUAGUUUAUGGAGUCAUGUGAUUUGUGGUCUCUGGAUUAAUGAACUAUAUUUUGCUAAUCCAAUUUAUAUGGAACCAAUAGAAGGAAUAGACAACAUCCCCAAAAGUAGGUGGAAGUUAACUUGUUAUAUUUGUCGACAAAGAGUGGGGGCAUGUAUUCAAUGCUCUAAUCGAAGUUGUUUCCUGGCUUAUCAUGUCACAUGUGCCAAACGAGCAGGGCUCUACAUGGAAAUGACUAAAGGAAUUAAAGGAGCCAUUACGAACAAAAUGACAUUGAAAACAUAUUGUGAAAGACAUAGUCCGCCCUCGUAUGAUGUAGAUGCGGUACUAACAGGGAUAGAACGGACAAGAUUAUUCUUCCGUGAUACCAAGAUUUUGAACGAGCAGAAUGCACGUUUGAGCUACAACCAGAAAGCGGAGAACAGAUUGAAUAUAUUCAAAUGGAAAACCGAAGCGAAUACACCCAUUGCCCCAAAGCUUUUCUCUGAUGUUUUGAUGGAAAUCUUAUUGCGGUUGAAAGUUGAGAAUCAAAUCAGUUUACCAGAGGAAUCAACAGUUCAAGUGUUGGAUUUGGCUGUUCUUCCAAAUAGGACCAAGCAAGAUAUACUCGAGGAUUUGCGCGGGAUUAGCGAUCUGGUGUGUCGUUACUGGUGUCUCAAGAGAGAAUUGAAACGAGGCGCUCCAUUAGUUCGGAAAAAUAAUAACCUCAUAUCAACCAGUUCUAUUUUGUAUGACGCCAACUCGUUAGAUGUGUCGGGAUUCCAUGAUGAAAGUAGGAUUACUGAAAAGAUCAAGUUUGCAAACAUAUUGGUGGGUGACUUGGAAAGACUUGGUUCUAUGGGCCGGGAAAUGCUUGCACGACAAACGGUAUUAAACCAACUCCAUGAAUUAGAAGUGAAUAAUGCCGAUGUGAUUUACUUUCCCAUCAAAAGUUUGAUUGAACUAUUAUUGAACCGCAUCAACGCUAAGAUUGAUAUUACGGAGUCGUUGCAAAACUACAAGUUCAGAACAAAUGAGGGUAUUACAUUGAAAGAGAUCCAAACAAGAGCUUCGAAAUAUGGCUAUGAAUCUGUUGAUGAAUUUAAACAAGAUGUUGAAGCCUUCAUUGCUGGGGUAUUUGCCGAAAAUAAACCAGCUAGUAAUAUUUACAAACGAAUGAAGAACUGGAGCCGUGAAUUUGCUCUAGAGUUGCCUGGGUUGGAAGCCAGUGAAAAGUCUCUUUUGAGAGACGGUGGGAUAUUCAAUUCGUCGGACUUCUGCCUAAAUGGUACUCAAAGUGGAUUUAAACCACUUGAUUACCGCAAAAUAUUAUCAGAAAAUGAUCUCAGCGAAGUUGAAGAUAUAGAGUCACAAGAAGACCGGAGGUUGUUUCAGGAAUUCCUCGGCUCUUCUGAAAAUAUGUAA